UUUAUAUUAAAUCUACAGCAAUUAAAAAAAAUAUUUGAUAAUUACCAAUCAAUUAAACAUUAAGUUUGCAAUUUUUAAAGCGAAAAAUUGUUUAAAUAAUGGUAUCUGUGUUUAACGUCACACAUGGCAAUACGACUCUGUAUUCAGCACAUUUCAAGUGAAAAGCGUUACGACGCUUACGAGAAUUAGACAAGCAUAAUCAUUUGUUUUCAUUUCAUAUCAAGCGCUAAUUAAGGAAAUAUUUUUUGAAUAAAUUAGUAUUUAGGAAUAGAUUACUCGGCGCGAAAGCAGUAAUGUCAUCAGCCAAACGGAAGUCCGUGUUGGAAAAACAUAAACAAACAACCCCAGAGAAGAGGCGUAGGAGUGGUCUAGUUGAUAAUAUUGGAACAGAAACAGCUUCUGAAACCGUUGUGCAAAGCAAUGAAGGCGAGACGGCUGAUCAUCAUACAUUGGAUGAUGCAAAUAUAUGGGAUGAUGAGGAAGGUGGAACCCGAAUUGGUGAUAUUUAUAUACCGCCACCGAUACCACCACAUUGUUCAACAGAGAGUAAGGGACCACGCUUGAUCAUUAAAAAAAUUGAAAACAAGAAUUUUAAAAGCUACGCGGGUACCGUAGUUCUCGGUCCAUUCCAUCAUUGUUUUACGGCAAUCAUCGGGCCAAAUGGCAGUGGAAAAAGUAAUGUUAUAGAUUCUAUGUUGUUUGUGUUUGGAUAUCGAGCGAAUAAAAUUCGUUGUAAGAAGAUUUCGACUUUACUGCAUAACUCUGCUAGAUAUCCACACAUGUCUAUGUGCUCUGUUGCUGUACAUUUCCGUCAAAUAUUAGAUAAAGAAGAUGGAGAGUGUGAGGAAAUACCUGAUAGCGAUAUUGUAGUGGAACGCACAGCAUUUCGGGAUAAUUCAUCUUAUUAUACCAUUAAUGGGCGACGAGUACAGUUUAAGGAAGUGGCGAAGUUGUUAAAGAAACAUCACGUCGACUUGGAUCACAAUAGGUUUCUUAUAUUACAGGGAGAGGUUGAAUCGAUUGCAAUGAUGAAGCCAAAGGGGCAAACAGAAAAUGAAUGUGGUAUGCUGGAGUACAUGGAAGAUAUCGUCGGAACAACACGUUAUAAAGAACCCCUUGUCAAAAUAAAUGACCGGGUUGAGCAGCUUACUGAAGAGCGAACAGAGAAACAUAAUCGCUGUAAACUUGCUGAGCGUGAAAUGAAAGAUUUGGAACAACCAUAUAAUGAAGCAGUAGACUAUCUGCGACUCGAAAAUGAAAAUACACGCAUUAAAAACCUACGCAUUCAAAAAUAUCUCAGUGAAAAAAACAAAAAACUUGAGGAGUAUAAAAUAGAACACGAAGCAAUUAGUACAGAGCUAAAAGGUCAUAUCGAAAUAUUUGAGAAGAUAAAAAAAGAAAGGGAAGAGAAGGAGAAACUGGUGCGAGAAGAAAUGUCACAAUUCGACGCACUGCGCAAGAAAAAAGAAGAAAUAGAAAAACAAUGGGAAAAUGCUCAUAAGAACUUUACUGAAAUACAACAGACGAUGGACAUGACUAACAAAAGGCGCAAGCAAAAUAAAACACAAAUGGAAAAACUUAAGGAUGACAUAAUUGAUCUAAGAAAAAUCCCCGACAAGAAUGAGAAAGAAAUAGGUGAAUGUCAGAAAAAAGCUGAGAAACUUACAGAUAACAAAGCUGAAUUGGAAGAAGAGCUCCAAAAAAACUAUAUUUCGCUGGAAGAGAUAACUAAACCGCUUAUUGAAAAGCGUGAACAGCUCGAAACCGAAUUAGUGGAACUGAAAAGGAAUGUCGAUGAGGAUAAAGCCGCUUUGGCACUUUCUGAAUCUGAACUAAAAAUUCUUAAGCACGAUGAAACGACGGAAACCCGAAAAUAUGAAACUAUGAAAACGUCAUAUGAGGAAUCUAAUAGUAGUUUAAAGGAAAAAAUAACGACCGUUGAGGAACUCCAAUGUCGCUUACCCGAAAUACAAAGUGAAAUUUUAGAGAAAACACAAUAUAUGCAAAAAUUGCAGAUAGAAGAGCAACAAAUGCGCGAAAAGUUAAUGAUACUUAAAGCUGAGAUAAAUGAAAAAACCGUGAACUUGCAAACAUCGCGAUCCAACAAUAAGGUCUUGGACUUUUUAAUGAGGCAAAAGAAUGAAGGCAAAAUUCCAGGAAUUUUGGGAAGAUUGGGUGAUUUGGGUGCCAUUGACUCAAAAUUUGAUGUAGCGAUUUCAACAGCUUGCGGACGGUUGGACGACAUCAUAGUAGAUACGGUCAAUACUGCACAAGAAUGUAUUGAGAACUUAAAGCGAUAUGACAUUGGUCGCGCUACAUUCAUUGCGCUGGAAAAAGUAAAUUAUUUAGAAAAGCAAUCAGGACGAAUUCAAACCCCCGAAAAUGCUCCACGCCUUUACGAUUUAGUAUGCGUUGAGGAUGAACGAGUGCUUCCCGCAUUUUAUUUCGCACUCCGUAAUACGCUAGUAGCCAAUGAUCUGGAACAAGGUUCACGCAUUGCUUAUGGUGCGCGAAGAUAUCGAGUUGUAACACUGAAUGGAGACCUUAUCGAGACGUCCGGUACAAUGUCAGGAGGUGGUCGCACACAAAUACGUGGCAAAAUGGGCACCAAAGUACAAACAAAAACAAAACAGUCAGCCGAUUCAUCAAUGAUAUCCCAGAAGGCAUUGGAAGAUAUGCAAAUUAAAGCCGAAGAACUGCAAUCGCAAAUAAAUUACAAUCAGGAGGAACAAGGUCGUUUAGAACGAGAAGUGCAACAACUCAAUCUGAGUAAACAGAGGAAUGAAUCGCAAAAACAAAAGCUGGGUAUCACCAUUAAGAGUUUGAAAGAACAAUUGCCACGUAUUUUCAAACAAUUGGAGGCACAAAAGAAACGUAUGGAACAAACUACUACCGAUGCAGCUAAAGUUAAAAAUAUCGAGGCUGAGAUUGCAAACAAACAAAAAAAGUUGAGUUGCUCUGAAGAUGAGGCAGACAAAGUGUCCAAAAAAAUUGCUGAAGUAAAGAAAGAUAUUGACAGUAUACAUGGCGAUAAAGUUAAAACUGUACAAACGAAAAUCAACAGUUUGGGUACCCAAAUUAAGAAGCUAAAUAAUAAUAUAUCUAAGUUAAAAGUUGAAGUGACUACUUCUGAGCGCAAUGUUUCUAAAAUGGAAAAACAAAUUGAACAAUUAAACGAAGAUAUAUUGAAAGCACAAGAUGAACUGGUUGCGAUGAGUAUGAAGAGACAACAAUAUGACGAUGAAACUGCGCAACUUGUAAAGGAAAUCGAAGAUGCACAGAAGGCCAUUGAAAGUGCAAAGAGUGAAUCUUCGGGAGUUCAAAAAGAAAUUGCUGCCUUGCAAAAACGCGAAGGGGAGUGGUCACUAAAACGUGUGGAAAUUGAUCAGAAACUACAAACUGUUACUGCCAAAAUAUCUGAUGUCAAAUCUCAAAUUCCACACUGGCGAGAUCAGUUAAAACCUCUCCGUUUGCAUGUUAUUCCUGGCGACCAAGAACCACAAGUACCUCUUAAAACUUACACAGAAGAAGAACUUGCCACUCAUACCCUGCAAGAUAUCCAAUACAAAGAGAGUGUUCAGGAGGAAUUGUUAAAGAAAAAGCCAAACCUCUCCUGUAUCGACGAAUACAUUGAAAAGCGAAAUGUGUAUUUGGAGCGUGUAAAAGUGCUGGAAGAUAUUACAUCAAAACGUAAUGAAAUGCGACAGCUUUACGAUGAUUUGCGAAAGAAACGAUAUAAUGAAUUUAUGCUGGGUUUUAAAAUAAUUACGCGUAAGUUGAAGGAAAUGUACCAGAUGAUUACACAAGGUGGUGAUGCUGAAUUGGAACUUGUCGACUCAAUGGACCCUUUCACCGAAGGUGUCAGCUUUAGCGUGCGCCCACCGAAAAAGACCUGGAAGAAUAUCUCAAAUCUCUCAGGUGGUGAGAAGACAUUGUCCUCUUUAGCGUUAGUGUUUGCAUUGCACUACUACAAACCGUCACCACUAUACUUUAUGGAUGAAAUCGAUGCAGCUCUUGAUUUUAAAAAUAUCUCCAUUGUAGCACAUUACAUAAAGGAGCGCACCAAAAACGCCCAAUUCAUCAUUAUAUCCCUACGAUCCAAUAUGUUCGAACUAUCCGAUUAUAUUGUAGGAAUAUAUAAAGUAAAGGACUGUACAGAUUCUGUUACUAUCAAGAAUGUGCCGCCACCAUUGCCACUCACACAAAUACAAACACAAUCCCAAUCCCUACCGAUAGACAAAAAUUCUCUGUUUGACAAACUUAAGGAGAAAGUUAGCGAAUCGCAAGAUAUAGCAUUAACACCAGCAGAGGAGAAUUCAGAAAAUGCGCCCCCUUUACAUAAUCGCGACACAUUAUUUGUCCCAAACUCACAAGGACGAGACACCACAUUUGAACCAAAUUGCGAGAGUACUGCCCUGUCGCAGGUGUUACAAAAGGAUCUUGGUAACGAUUCCAGGCGCAAAACAGUAGACUCAAAUGUCAAUAGUAGUAUUAAUGAUUCCUUCUUUAAAAAACCUCUACCGCCCUCACAAAAGGCGAACACAUAGGCUGCACCACAGAUAUAUAUUUUUUUACUAUUUAUUGCAUGCUAAAACUUCAAAUUUCCGCAGUGAGCUAAUUUAUGAAGUGAUCUGUUAAAUACACAUGAAUUACCGUAAAUGUUAAAAAAAAAUUAAGUAAUAUUACAAAUAUUUGGUUCUAUAUCAUUACUUUUGGUUAAAAAGCAAACUGAAAAACAUGUUUAUCUAUUCUGAUUCUUUGAACGUAUUUCUUUUUUAAACAAAUAUUUGUUAGAAACAUCUUUUUUAAUAAUAAAUAAAAAUUGUAGUGAAACAUCAGAAUAUGAAACAGGGUUUCUUGAAUAACUUUCAUCCUUAGCUAGCUGAUAAUUUAUAUUGUAGUUGAUUACAAGUGAACACGGUUUGGUGUAAUUAAACUCCAUUUCUAUACAAAUCCAAAUAUAAAUCAAACAAACUUUA